AUGUCCUACCUCCAGCUCCCUGGCCGCGACCUGGAGCGCUUCGAUGGGCUUUCUCUCAUUUACUGGACACUCAUGGGACCAUAUGGGAUGGAUCGAACCGUGCAUUGCUUUGAUUUCUACGACUGUGCAAACGGGCUGGGUAUUAAGGUAAUCGGUGGCAUCAAGGAACUCACUGGAGAAGAAUAUGGAGUUUAUGUCAAGAGGAUCCUUCCAGGGGGUGUUGCUUACACAGACGGGCGCCUGCAGCCAGGAGACCAGAUCCUGGAGGUCAAUGGAGAAUCCUUAAUUGGGGUUACAAGCGAGAGGGCCGUGGAUAUCCUGAGGACGGCAUCGGCCACCAGCCACAUGCGCCUUCUUAUAGCCCGCGAUGACGAUGCCAGGAGAGAGUUCUCUGAGCUGCUGGAGAAGUUUGGCUCCCAGAGCAAUACCGGCUCAGCACGGAGCUCACCAGUCUUGCAUGGUGGCAGUCGAUACCUGGAAAGUACAUCCUCGGGCUCCUCCUCACGCUCUCAGAGCCCACUGCUGCUAAGCCCCGCCAAUUCCCACGGCCCUUUCAUCGGGAACCCGGCGCACCCCCCUCACGCACACUGCUCCAUUGAAUCAGGAAUCCAGAGCAUUUCUAUAGCAAAAUCCUCCGGCUUAGGGCUGACAAUCAGUGGUGGAUCUAACAGGCCUGAUGGCCCCAUGAUUUAUGUUCAAGAGCUUUUGCCAGAUGGUGACUGUUACAAGGAUGGUCGGCUCCGACCUGGUGACCAACUAAUUGCGAUCAAUAAAGAUUCUUUGGUGGGCAGCACACACGAAGAGGCCAGAAAGAUAAUUGCAAAAGCCAAACUCAGAAUAGACGUGAAAAUCACUUUCCUGUGCCUUCUUUGUCACCGGACAUUUGCCCACCAGAGCUUACUAUCUCAGGUUCUGCAGUAUCUUGGUCUGGAUGUGACCGAGGAGAAGAAGAGGCAGUUACGGCAAAGCUUGACCACAGACUCGCAGGGGACGGUGGCCUAUGGAGAUCUUCUCCAAGCACUCAGGGAUCUGAUGCAGGAGGAGCUGGAUGAGGCUGGUCUGGAUUCCAACUCCAUGCUCUUCACGCAGCAUGAAGUGGCCAGUUUGCUGGAUACGUCAGCUUUUCACUCUCCGACCUUCGACUCCCUCGGCUGUAAUGGCAACGAGGAGCUGGAGCAGCUGCAACUGGAAAUGAUGGAUCUGCGGCAAGAAGUCCGAAGGCUAAAGUCUCUCUUGAAAGAGGUGGAGAACAGCAAGAAGUCAAUGGAAGAUGAGCUUCAGAGACUGAACCAGAAAGCACUUGGGUUCCUCUCUGAGAACCGGACGCUGCACAGCAAGCUGCAGAUGGCAGAGGUCGUGCAGAGACAGGCUCACAGUGCGGAGCAGGACUACGAGGAAGUGAUCCACUUGCUGGAAGCUGAAAUUGCAGAACUGAAGAUGCAGCUGGUGGGGAAGAAAGCAAAACAUGUCUCUGAAAUAGAGGAGGACAUCCUGGAACUGAAAAGGCAGCUGUCCCUGGCUGAUGGCCAGUUACGAAAAUCAGAAGUCUCACGGAAGCGCCUGGAGAUCUGCAAUAGGAAACUGCUCCUGUUUGUGCAGGUCAAGUGCUGA